AAUGACGUCACCUAGUAACCCCAGUUACUCUGCGAUGUAGAAUAGCUAUAUCCGCACUGGAUCAAUAGAACCAAAACGGACGCAUAUUUAAAUAGGCUUUGUUACACCGCCUGGUGGUCGAUACAAGCAUCUAUGACCACAUUUCUCGUUGCCAAAUGAUACCUAUCAGCAAGAGGCGAGAUUAUAAGUUCUAACUUCCAUGUCUUAACUCCAACGACAGUGGAAGGAUGCUAUAUUGCCUCGCUAUGAAAUACUCCGAGUGAGAUAGGUUUUGAAUGCGGAACCGAACAUCGUUCUUUCACUGUCUCGCUGUUUCACGAAGCCCAGACCGAGAUUUGGCUCAGCAUAGUGAAUAUAUGUUAAUAUCGAUAUUGAAUAUUUCAGGGAGUGGAUUUUAGUAGAUAUUUCACCCUGGAUUUGAGUGUGAAGUAGGAAGACGGGGUCGACAUAGGGAUUUACAUCCCCCAUCAUUUUGGUGGAGGAGACACGUUAAUAUUGGGAUCUAAACAUAGUGGUGCAUUAUAAUUUUCAAACAUGGGCUGUACUAUGAGCCAGGAACAGCGGAUUGCCUACGAGCGAAGUAAGGCGAUCGAGAAAAAUCUGAAGGAAGAUGGAAUACAAGCGGCAAAGGAUAUAAAAUUACUUCUGUUGGGUGCGGGAGAAUCAGGAAAAAGCACCAUAGUUAAACAAAUGAAAAUUAUCCAUGAGGGAGGUUUUACUCCGGAGGAUAAUAAACAGUACAAGCCCGUGGUUUACAGCAAUACAAUACAGUCGUUAGUAGCCAUCAUACGGGCCAUGGGGGCACUACAUAUCCAUUUUGCUGAUUGUGAACGAGAGUCAGACGCAAAAAUCGUCCUGGAUGUUAUAUCUCGAAUGGAGGACACAGAACCCUUCUCGGAGGAACUUCUAGCGGCCAUGAAGAAGCUAUGGACGGACACCGGAGUCCAGGAGUGCUUCGGUCGGUCUAACGAGUACCAACUAAACGAUUCUGCAAAAUAUUUUCUAGAUGACUUAGAUCGCUUAGGAGCCAAGGAUUACAUGCCCACUGAACAAGAUAUACUACGAACCAGAGUAAAGACCACAGGCAUUGUCGAAGUUCAUUUCUCUUUUAAAAAUUUAAAUUUCAAAUUAUUUGACGUGGGAGGACAGAGAUCAGAAAGGAAAAAAUGGAUUCACUGUUUUGAGGAUGUAACCGCCAUUAUAUUUUGUGUAGCUAUGAGUGAAUAUGACCAAGUUCUUCAUGAAGAUGAAACAACCAAUCGAAUGCAAGAGAGUUUGAAAUUAUUUGAUUCUAUCUGUAAUAACAAAUGGUUUACGGAUACAUCAAUCAUCCUUUUUCUCAACAAGAAGGAUCUGUUUGAAGAAAAAAUAAAGAAAUCCCCUCUCACUAUAUGUUUUCCUGAAUAUACCGGAAACCAGACGUACGAGGAAGCAGCUGCCUACAUUCAGGCCCAAUUCGAAGCGAAGAACAAAAGUUCAACGAAGGAAAUCUAUUGUCACCAGACCUGCGCAACAGAUACUAAUAACAUCCAGUUUGUAUUUGAUGCCGUAACUGACGUCAUAAUCGCCAAUAACCUGCGUGGAUGUGGCUUGUACUAGACGGAGUCGAACUUUUUGCGCCUUUCUUGGACGUAAAAACUUUUUGUUCAAGAACAAAAUCAAGACCAUACAAGAGAACAUGGACUGUCAUUAUACGGAAUUGUUGUAUGCCUGAUGAAUCUCACAAAGGCUUGAUUCAUGUGCAAUUAUGUUAGAUGCGAGUGUCAAGGACAAUUUUGUUCACUGCCUGUGGACACUCGGAUCUUUACAUUGGCAGAAUUUCAAAUUUGAACGAUUUUGCUGCUCACAACAUAUGAAUAUGUACAUGCACACAUAUAUUAUUGAAUGCAUAAUGUAAGUGAUAGAAAUCUUCACAAAGUGAUAGGUUAGGUUUAUUCAAUUGAGUGAAAGAAAGAGGCAUUUCAUAGCUCGUCAGCUGAGAGGAUGUUUUACCAUAGAGUCAAAGUAGAUUUCCAGUUUGUAACCAUGGUAAAUGUAUAGUACUAUGCUCUUGGCCUUUUGAUUGCAUACCUUAGUUAGUAUGUCAAUAACAGAUGACAGAGGUCAGAAUAUCAUUAAUCCAUGGCUAAUAUACAUCCAACUUGGUGUAAUUCGUAUCAAAGGCUUUGUGAUUAUAAUUAUUUGUAUAUGUCUAUUUAAAAACAGAAUGUCCAUUCUUCGCUGAGUUUUUCUCAGUUUAAAUGAAAAUUUAUUAAGUUUUCUUUUUACUAGAAAAGCAAGGCAGAGCUUAUUAAGAAUAUCUUUCAAACAGCCUUUUUCUGAAAAGUGAACACUUGGAAGUGUUUGCUUAGAAUUCUUUGUAUUGUCGUUGUGUAGGUCAAUUCACGUUUGAACGAAUGUGUCUCCUCUGCUUGCUGUUUAGCCAUCUAGUGAAUGUCUGUGUUAUUUAUAAGCAAAGGGGAGAAAAACAAUUUCCCCGUGAAAGCCCGUUCAAUUUUCCUCGUAUGUGUGGUAUGAAAUAAGCGUACUUUGUCAUGAAUUUAAUUAGUAAUUAGGAUAUGCUUUUUUCCAGACAUUUCCGGUCUUUGCAUGGUAACAUGCACUCUGUUGCUUUUUUGCAUAUUGGGACCAUGUAACUAUAGCAACAGGGUCAUGUUUUGAAUUUACUCGUAACCCUUUGAAAGUGAUAUUUGAUCACUGACGAACUGGUUAGAGUUUAUGUUUGCUAUUUCACAAAAUACUAAAGUUGUGGAUUCUUUUUGUAUUUAUAAAUGUAAAGAUUCCAGAAUACUUUCCUUGUGGAAUGGCAAACCAACAUUCUCUUUGCCAAAUGAAUUGAAUAUAUCGUGUUAUGUGUUUAUAUAAGUGCUGUGUUAAAAAAAGGCAAUGGAGUAAUCUUCCAUUUGCUAUUUUUGAUUGCCCAUCACAGGAAUAUUUGUGACUAUUUUACGUGUACUGUGUGUUUAAAAAACGCAUAAAUUGAUCCUAACAUACCUUUUUAUUUUUCAAUCAAUAUUGUUAUUGAAAUAGGCCACAGCAUAAUAAGUAUAGAGAAAUCUUAAUUCACAUGUGGGGGAUUCCAUAUUAUUUUGUCAGGGAUUACAGACUUAUUUUUUCUCAAACAUAGCAAACAGCGGGGUUAAUUUAAAUCAUUUGAAUCUUUUAUAAAGUGUGAUUUAUCCUAGUCAGUUUUUGAAUACUUGUAGUCAAUUUAACACACAGUUCACAGAUCAAUUUGAACAUGAAUUAAGCUGAUAUUUAUAUUGGUGUUGUUUGUCAUAAAAAUGAGCGUGUCGAAAACGGUUUCGUUUCCUUUUAUCUAAGCAAAUGAGCCGUAUUCGGUAGAUUUUUAACGUUCUUUGUCGCAUUGAAAUGGUUUCAAUCUCUAGCUUGGGAAAAACUGAUUGAAAUUUGGCUUCAUAUUGAUAUCAUUUCAAUCCAUGUUUUAUUGCUAUGUGUUGACAUGUAAAUCAGGGUUGAUGCUUUAUCAACUUUUUGGGUCAUGUGAUUUUUUCCUUGGUCAUGUGGUCAAAUUGAAUUUUAGCUUGAUAUUCUACGUAUGUCACGUGAUUUUGUGACAGCUACUUGAUCAUUAAGUGUUAAAUUGUCAAUGGUAUAUAUACAUAUAUAUAUUAAUAUAUAUAAUUGUGAACUUUUCAUUAGAAUAAACAAGACAAGUGUAGAUCUGUUCCUUUAAUAAACCGUACCCUGUAUUGGGCCCCAUUACACUCAAAAUGAGGCUUCUUCGAAUCAUUCAACCGUGUAUCAAAUUACUAUAAAUAGAAAUGUCUCUGUGUAAAACUCCAUUUAUCAAAAUAAAGUCCUAGUAUUUAUCACGAA